AUGGAUACCAGUGAAGUGAAGAAGAUGGAGCCCUUGCCGAUAGGACGGGAUGAAGAAUUAAACGAUUUUCUGGUCGGGGAACUGGAAUGUCCCGUGUGCUGGGAAGUCAUUUUUCCGCCGAUCAAGAUGUGCUGCCAGGGCCAUUUAAUUUGCACUGGCUGCCGCGAGAAGAUAAAUAGUAAAUGCCCCGUCUGCCGGGAGCACAUGACCGACAUCCGUAACCUUGCCAUGGAGCAUGUGGCCGAGAACCUGCAAUUUCCUUGUAAGUACUCGGCUAUGGGCUGCCGGGCUCGCCUUACGUACGCGGAGAAGAUCAAGGAAGAUCACGAGAAGAACUGCGAGUGGCAACCCUCCUGCUGCCCCUUCUCGCAGACCACGUGCAACUGGCAGACAAAGUGCGAGUGCGAUUCUAGGGAUCAGUGGCGAAACCCCUUCGGCCUCACGAUUGACGCCUUUAACCGCUUCCUCCGCCAGUCGCUGCCGCUGGCCAAGGAGGCAGCGAUCCCUCCGGCAAAUGGCAGCCAAGAGAUCUCCAACGGGGUCACCCUAAGCUCCGAUCUCUUCAACUACAGCGGCCUGGAACUGGAUCUCGGCCUGGAUCCGCUGGAUCCACUGGAUCCGCUGGACAGCCCUACCACCCUGGCGCCCAUCGUGCGGAACAGGAGCGUGGUGCGCGUCUCAGCGGAUGUGCCCAUCUGGGUGGUGCCCUGCUACUCGGCCAUCCUCCUCUGCGCCGUCGUUGGCAAUCUGCUGGUGGUGCUGACCCUCGUCCAGAAUCGUCGCAUGCGCACCAUCACCAACGUUUUCCUGCUCAAUCUGGCCAUCUCGGACAUCCUGCUCGGGGUCUUCUGCAUGCCGGUGACCCUAGUGGGCACCCUCCUCCGUCAUUUCAUCUUCGGCGAGCUGCUCUGCAAGCUCAUACAGUUUGCACAGGCUGCCUCUGUGGCCGUUUCCUCGUGGACACUGGUGGCCAUAUCCUGCGAACGCUACUACGCCAUCUGCCAUCCGUUGAGGUCGCGCACCUGGCAGACGAUCAACCAUGCCAACAAGAUCAUCGCCAUCAUUUGGCUGGGCAGUCUGGUGUGCAUGACGCCGAUAGCCGCCUUCAGCCAGCUAAUGCCGACCAGUAGACCAGGACUGCGCAAGUGCCGCGAACAGUGGCCGGCGGACAGCCUCAACUACGAGCGGGCCUACAAUCUGUUCCUGGACUUGGCCCUUCUGGUGCUGCCCCUGCUGGCCCUGAGCUUCACCUACCUGUUCAUCACACGCACCUUGUACGUGAGCAUGCGCAACGAGCGGGCCAUGAACUUUGGCAGCAGUGGCCCGGAGGUUACCUCCACCUCCGCCCCGGUUCCCGGCAGCCAGCGACGCUCCAACGGAAGCCACUGCCAGUCUCUGGACACCAUUGUGCCCCACCAGCAGCAGCAGCAGCAGCACUACUACUACGCGGACUACACCCACUGCGGCAGCAAGCGAAGGCUGAUCGGCGGAGGAGCAGUGGGAGGAGGAGGUCCCUGCGAAGGACGAAGGCAUCUGUACUGCAUGCGCAGUGCCUCUGUGAAGUCGGUGCGUCAUCAGCAGAUAAACGGAGGAGGCGGAGCUGGAGCCGUGACCGUAUCCGCAACUGGAAGCGGAUGCGGAAGCGGAACCGGAAACCCAGACUGCUGCAGUCGCGUCCACCGGAUGCGCCACCAGCAGGGUGGCUACAUAAGCGACAAUGAAUCGCGAAGGAAGUCGCUGUCGCAACCCAGUCUGCGGAUCACAGAGGCGGGACUGCGAAGGUCCAACGAAAGCAAGAGUCUGGAGAGCAAGAAGCGGGUGGUCAAGAUGCUGUUCGUCCUGGUGCUGGAGUUCUUCAUCUGCUGGACGCCGCUGUACGUGAUCAACACGAUGACCAUGCUGCUCGGGCCGGCGGUGUACGAGUAUGUGGACUACACGGCCAUCAGCUUCCUCCAGCUGCUGGCCUACUCGUCCAGCUGCUGCAAUCCCAUCACCUACUGCUUCAUGAACGCCAGCUUCCGACGGGCCUUCGUGGACACCUUCAAGGGGAUGCGGGUGUGCGAUCGCCUCUGCGCCCCCUGCUGCUUCUGGCGGCGGCGGGCCAAGAACGAGACGAAUCUCUCGGUGGCCGGCAACUCGAUUGCGCUGGCCAACUCGGUCAUGUCCAGCCACACGAUCCUCGAGAGCCCGCGACUCUGAGCCAGCCGACGGCGUCAGCAGAUGGCGGAGACGGAAUCGCUUUAGUGGGCUGGAGGGGACUACGAAUGCGGAUCGAGUGCAGCAAUUUGUGAUGAUGCAAUGUAACUGCAAUAGAAACUGUGGUUGUCAACGAUUCUGCCGCGUUCUGAAUGUGUGUGGAUGUGGAUGGGGAACCCCAUCCCCCUGAAAUGCUCUUAAUAUAAUACCAAUUAGUGUUUUAAUAUGUGUGUGUUUUAAGAGUGGUCAGCUAUUGGACUUUAACCUCGCGUUUUAGGUUUCUACAAUUCUGAGUGCAAAAUUGAAUUCACAUCACAUGCAAUGGAUACAAAUUUACAUAGACAUAAAGAAUAUACCUGUC